UUUGUCCCGUUCUUGGGCUAUGAUGCUGCGGUUUUCUGGUGUUUUUUUGGGUCUGUGUGAGAGAGGAAUCGGGUUCGUUGUGGGCCUUAUGCAUGGAGGGUUUUGAGCAUUCAGCUGUGAUAUUAUUAUUCGCAAUCCAAUUAUCCAACUACGAAGGACCGAGUUAAGAUGAGAUUUAUUUUGCAUUGAUGCUAAAGGCAGGUUUCUCAGGAAUUCUGUGCCACUCCGUUCGGACUGGGAGAACGCCAAUCCAAAAUUCAGGGAGAUGUCUAGAGUUGUCUUUACUGGAAGAUUUGUCUACGUGUUGUGGAUGAGCUGGACACUUUCAAAAGAUUCUCUUAAACUACAUAUUUGUAAGCACGACAAGAUCGGAAUCCCGCGUAUUCCAACCGACUCAAAGUCUCAAACUCGAAUCUCAAUUGGCUGAAGAAUGGUUGCCGUCCAUAUGUCGUUGACCAACUAUAUGCCCCAGUGGCCGACGCAUAAAUGGCCGACGCAUAAAAGCUGAUGAUCAGAUCACUCAAACUCACGAAUUGACUUAAAGCGCAGAAUGUAGAUUUCGAUUCUCAACUUUGCCAGUUGGGAAAAACUUUCGUAAUCCCUCUUCUGUGUUCGCUAAACAAAACGACCAUUCCUGCCCAGAACAGUUCCCUAAGGCUGUAUUUGGAUUGGUGGAUUUAACUGGAUUUGGAUAAGUGCAAGACUAAUUCCGGUGGAUUGCUGUGGUCUGCCCUUCUAUAUCGUUGCCUAAUUCGAAGAGUUUCGCGGUGCACUUUGGACGAAGUACAACACAUAUAUAUAUAUAUGUGCAGAGGCAAGAGUGCCGAUUUAUAAAGUCAGCUGCAAUUGGCUUCUUCAGAACCCCUAAGCUCUUGAGCAUUUUCUCAACCAACUUCAGAUAUCUGUUAAUCUUCCCAUCUUUAAGAUAUGGGUUACCUCAACAGUGGAUCGGAUGAGAAUGUGCAGCAGACGGAUCCUGCGGCAGUGCUACGCAACGGGAGAGAAAUUUUAUUGCAGGCCUUCAACUGGGAGUCUCAUAAACAUGACUGGUGGAGAAACAUAGAGAAGAAAGUUCCUGAUAUUGCAAAAUCUGGCUUCACAUCAGCUUGGUUGCCUCCACCAACUCAUUCAUUCGCACCUCAGGGGUAUACUCCACAGAACCUUUAUUCUUUGAAUUCUGCAUAUGGUUCUGAUUAUGUCUUAAAAGCUUUACUUAGUAAGAUGAAACAGUACAAAGUGAGGGCAAUGGCUGACAUAGUGAUAAAUCACCGAGUUGGGACUACCCAGGGGCAUGGUGGAACGUAUAACCGUUUUGAUGGGAUUCCAUUAGCAUGGGAUGAACGUGCAGUUACAUCAUGUACUGGGGGCCGGGGUAAUAGGAGCACAGGGGAUAACUUUCCUGGUUUUCCAAAUGUUGAUCAUACUCAACACUUUGUUCGGAAAGAUAUGACUGACUGGCUACGGUGGCUUCGCUAUGAUGUUGGUUUCCAGGACUUUCGCUUCGAUUUUGUUAGAGGCUAUUCACCAAAAUAUGUGAGGGAAUACAUUGAAGGUGCGAAGCCAAUAUUUUCUGUUGGCGAAUACUGGGAUAGUUGCAACUACAAUGGCUGUAACUUGGACUACAACCAAGACAAUCACAGGCAAAGAAUUGUCAAUUGGAUUGAUGGUACAGGGCAACUGUCUACUGCUUUUGACUUUACAACGAAGGGAAUUCUCCAGGGAGCCGUGAAAGGAGAACUCUGGCGCCUCCGUGACUCUCAAGGGAAACCACCAGGUGUUAUGGGAUGGUGGCCAUCAAGGGCUGUCACUUUCAUUGAUAACCAUGACACAGGGUCAACUCAGGCUCACUGGCCUUUCCCUGCUAGUCAUAUUAUGGAGGGUUACGCCUAUAUACUCACACAUCCAGGGAUUCCAUCAGUAUUUUAUGACCAUUUUUAUGAUUGGGGAAAUUCCAUUCAUGACCAAAUUGUGAAGCUGAUGGAGAUUCGACGGUUUCAAGGCAUACAUAGCCGAUCCUCGAUAGAAAUCCUUACGGCACAGCCAAACUUGUAUGCUGCAAUGAUUGGUGAGAAAAUAUGCAUGAAGAUUGGAGAUGGGUCAUGGUGCCCAGCUGGGAGGGAGUGGACGCUUGCAGCUAGCGGCACCAGAUAUGCUGUCUGGCAAAAGUAGAUCCUUUUCUUUGUUAGUGGACUGGGCCGGAACUAAGGGCCGCUUCGAGCUAACCUUCUUUGAAUAAGGCUUUUAGUCCGUAAUAAAUUAAUUCCAAGCGGCUAUUAGCGGGUGAAAUAAGAAACUGCUGCAUACUUGGUUAUACAUUGUAAUAUUGUAUCAGAUGUUGUCUUAUCUUGCGUCUUCUUUUUGUCAUUUUACUUGAUGACGAAAUAAAUAAAAAUGGUGCUUGCAAUUGCAUAUUACUUUGCUUCCUCUGAAA